AUGUCACUUCAAGAAACUGCGCAGAAGUUACAAGAAUUUCGAAAUCGACGAAAGAUUGAGCCCGAGAAGCGAAAAGAAGAAGAAGAAGAAGUUGCGGAAAAACCGGAAAUUCUUAAAAAACCGUGGUACGUUCCCGAUUUUGAUAGUGAUGAUGAUUCCUGUAAUUGCGUACCGCUUUGGCUCCAGCUUGUCAUUUAUCUUAUCGGACAAACUUUAUUUAUCUGGAUUGAAUUUGGGCUUGUCUUCUUCAUCAUCGCCGCCCUCAUGUUUGUCUAUCACAACACGGGACGCCGCAAGCGGGGCGAGCUGAGCGCUUAUUCAGUGUUCAACAAGGAAUGUGAACGACUUCCCGGACAGUUGACUGCUGAACACUUUGAACGCGACAUGUUGAGACAGCGUCGUGCGCCCUAG